GGACAGUGCCUAAUAUUGCAUUGCAAGAUGAUUAGAAAUUUAGAAAUAAAAUUCAUUUCAUAAGUAGUUUCCACUAAUAGCAGUAGGUCUGACUCGUGAGAAGAGCAAAGAGUUAGCAGGAUUCACUUGAGCGAAUUGUAGAACGAGGCGGUGAUAACAUUCUUCUGUAGUGUUAUCUUGAACUUAAGAAGAAACCGCUCAACUCUUUAGCAACUGCUUGAGGGACUAGCCUGUCUCUCAGGGUUCCAUCCAGGCUUUCCAAGCUUCUUUAUUUUUAGACAUACAGUGACGCUGGGUGGACUUAAGUCAAUUUUACCUGAAUUGUGUAUACAAGAGCAUCUGUCAUGAGGCAUGUAUAGUAAUGAAGUAAUUAAAUCAUGAGCUAGAUGUUAGGUUGAAGCAAGUCAUCAGACCGAGUACUAAAUUAAAACUGUUGACUUUAGCCUUCCCUCAACUCUUUAUAUAUAAAACUCCAAACCUACAGAAAAAUUGGGGAAAAAAUCAUGCAGUGAACACCCAGAUACCCUUCACCUGAGGGUCCCAACUGUUAAUCUUUCACUGUAUGUGCUUUCUCUCUUUAUAUUACAUAGAUAUGCAUGCUUUGCUUUUUCUUAACUGCUACCUUUAUUUUUGAAAAUAAAAAUGUCUUUUAAUUUCCUCAGACACUGAAAAGCAUUUGAUAACUUAGGAAAAUACGCAGUUAAUCUCGCAGGUACCCCCACACUCCACUUAUAAUAUAUUGGGAAAAAAAUGUUCUAAGCUCUGUAAUAAUGCUCUCCAAUGAAGGACAAUUCUCAAAUUUAUCUGUAGUUUCAAAAGGGAAUGUUACACGUAUCUGUAUUUUAAAACACACUAGCCGUUCCCAGAAUUUUUCGUUAAACUCAAGUUUAGUUUGUAUCCCAUCUUGUGAAACAUUCCGAACCCCAGGUUGGAUUUAAUCCAGCAGAACCAGAGUGUUAAAGUAUAUGAAAUUGUUCUGUGCAGUUCUGGCGGGGGCAGCCCUUAGAUGGAGAAACUGCAAGUAAUUUUCUCUCAGUUUUCCAAAGUAUUGACAUAGAAGUCUGAGGAACUGGUUUCAGAAAAAGAGAUAAGACUCACUCAAAAACUGAUAUGAAAGAUUUGGACUAUUUCUCAAAUCUCUGUUUUGCUUCUCUGGACUAAGCAUAGAGAACCAGGAGAGAAAGAUUUAAGAGACUGAGUAAUAUUUUUUGAAAGAUCAUUUAAGAAACUGAGUAAUUUCUUUUUUCUCCAAAAGGGCAUGGGUUUUUGUUUUGUUUUGUUUUUUCUCUAUUUGGCACUUUCUAGGGAUUGGUCUAUAAAUUUUUUGAAAGAUCAUAGGAUAAAUUUCUUUGUAGCAACUUCCUAUUUUAGUGUUUAUAUUAGGGGAGCCCCAGGUGUCCCUGCUGAUAAGCCAUUAGAGCCACUUCUCAGCCUCUGGCUACAUCAUAUGCUUUUUUUUCUAUUUUGCCAAAGUUUCCAGAAAAUUUAUGUUUUCUAAUUUUAAAAAAAUUGGUUGUGGAGAUGGGAGCGGACCUCUUUAUAAGCCCUGAAAAUAAGUGAUUUUUUUAAAGUGCUAUUCUGCUAUAAACCUGAUUCUCACUUUUUUCUGUAGACAACAGUUUUUUAUAAUUUAUCUAUUUUGUGUGGACAUUAUUUCCUUUUAACCAAUACUAAAAUUCCAUAGUGUAUACUUUCUCUACAUUUUCUUUGCUUAAUACUUUCUUAAAAUAGACACUUGGAUUGGCACCAGCUGUCACCAAUAAAGCUGCCCUGAACAUUAUCAAUCAAUCCUGUUAACCAAUUUGAGAAUUUUUCUGGAAUGCUUAGUUAGAGAUGAAAUUGCUGGGUUAUAGGUAUAAGUAUGCUUGAUAUACUUUUCUCCAGAAUAUCUAUACCUGUGUGUACACCACAUCUACAGAGACAGAGGAAUCUUAUGUCCCUGGUAACUGCUCUCGUUAUUUAACUUUCUGGCAUUUGCCGCCGCCGCCCCCCUGCCCCCUCAACACACACAUGGUAUAAAGUGGUAGUUUCUUGUUUUAAAUUGAACUUUUGAAUGAUUUGAAUUUGGGCAUUUCUUUGUAUCCUGAGUUAUUUUGGUUUCCCUUUAUGUGAAUAUCCUUUUCCUAUGCUUUAACUGCUUUUCUAAUUUGUCCCUUUUUUUGGUUAUCAAAUUCCAGGCCAUUGUCUACUCCAUUGUCACUUUUGGGUAUUGGAAAUAUUUUUCCAUUCUGUAGCCUGUCUCUUGAACAUAAAUCUUGAUUUUUAUGUAAUCAGAUUUUUCUCCUCAGGGUUAUGUUCUUGGAAUUUUAUUUAAGAAAUCCUUUUCUAUCCUGAGACCACAAAAAUGUCCCUGCCAUUUUCUUCUGUUUUAUAGUUUUGCCUUUUAUGUUUAAUCCUUUAAGGCAUGUGUAGUUCAUUUUAUAUGGUGUGAAAUAGUUCUUACUAAUUUAUUCAACACAUAUUGGUGGAGUGCCUGCUGAAGGUAGUACUCUUCAGAGUACUUUGUAUAUAUCUGUGAACACAUAUUCUUGCCCUGUGAAGCUUAUGUUGUCCUUCAAGGUAGAUCCCUAUUCGGUUUCCACCUGUUUUCUUUAGCACUCAGGAUGAAUUCCACAAUUUUACACAUAGCACCAGUUGAGGAAUAGGCUUUAUUGGAGAAAAAGAAGGCUUAUUAGACCAGCAUCAGCAAGAAAAAACAACAACAACAGAGGGUCUUCGUUUUUUCAUCAUCCCCAAAAGAAGCCUGCUGGAGCCUGCGCAUUCUGCUAUAUAUGCUUGUGAACAGAACCUGUGCAGUCGGCUUGAUAUGCUUGUGAACGGAGCCUGCGCAGUCUGCUAGAUAUGCUUGUGAAUGGAGCCUGCGCAGUCUGUUUGAUAUGCUUGUGAACGGAGCCUGCGCAGUCUGCUAGAUAUGCUUGUGAACGGAGCCUGCGCAGUCUGCUAGAUAUGCUUGUGAACGGAGCCUGCGCAGUCUGCUAGAUAUGCUUGUGAACGGAGCCUGCGCAGUCUGCUAGAUAUGCCUGUGAACGGAGCCUGCGCAGUCUGCUCCAUAUGCAUGUGUCCAUCCCAGUGGAGAACCUUACCCUUUUAUUGUUUGUCCUUAAAGGGCAAGCCUGAGAGCAACCUUAAUUAUGUGGGAAAAAUUAGAUCAUUUUGUGUCAGGCAGUCUAGAUUUAGGUGCCAGCUAUUUGUCAGAAAACCAGCUACCCCAUAGUUGGAGAUACUGAGAACUUACAGUUAUAGCCCUUUCUAAAGUGGGAAGGGAGACUCAGUUUCUUAAUGCUAGUGUAACAAAUUAUGCAAAUUUAGUGGCUUAAAAACACCACCGGUUUAUUAUCGUACAGUUUUGGAGUCAGAAAUAUGAAGUAGGUCUCUGGGCUAAAAUGAGGUGUUGCCUGUGCUGUUUUUCUAGAGCCUUCGAGGGAGAAUCUGUUCCUUGUCUAGCUUUCAGAAGCUACCUGCAUUUCUUGGGUCAUAGCUCCUUUCCUCCAUCUUCAAAGCCAGUCACACCUAAGCGGCAAGUCUUCACAUUGAAUCACUCUGGCUCUCUCUUCCAAUUUCCUCUUCUAUUUUUAAGGACUUUCUACUUUUAUUUAUUUAUUUAAAGAGACAGGGUCUCGCUGUUGCCCAGGAGGGAGUGCAGUGGCACGAUCAUCAUUCACUGCAGCGUCAACUCCUGCUCUCAAGCGAUCUUCCCACUUCAGCCUCCCGAGUAGCUAGGACAACAGUGUUAGGAUUACAGGCAUGAGGCACCGUAUCUGGCCCUAGCUGCGUUUUAAAAACGAUCACACCUCUGGCUGUUGUGUUGACUGAGAAUAGACUGUGGGGGGACAAGAGUGGACACAAGGACCCCCUUUAGGAGAGUGUUGCAGUACUCCAGGGUCUCUUGUCGCCCAUGCUGGAGUGCAGUGAUGCGAUCAUGGCUCACUGCAGCCUCAGCCUCCUGGGCUCAGGUGAUCCUCCCAUCUCAGCCUCCGAAGUAUUAAUAGCUGGAACUACAGGACUGAUCCUUUGAAAUACUCCAGCCAUGACUAAAAGAGAAGCAGAGGAGCUGAUAGAAAUUGAGAUUGAUGGAACAGAGAAAGCAGAGUGCACAGAAGAAAGCAUCGUAGAACAAACCUACGCGCCAGCUGAAUGUGUAAGCCAGGCCAUAGACAUCAAUGAACCAAUAGGCAAUUUAAAGAAACUGCUAGAACCGAGACUACAGUGUUCUUUGGAUGCUCAUGAAAUUUGCCUGCAAGAUAUCCAGCUGGAUCCAGAACGAAGUUUAUUUGACCAAGGAGUAAAAACCGAUGGAACUGUACAGCUUAGUGUACAGGUAAUUUCUUACCAAGGAAUUGAACCAAAGUUAAACAUCCUUGAAAUUGUUAAACCUGCGGACACUGUUGAGGUUGUUAUUGAUCCAGAUGCCCACCAUGCUGAAUCAGAAGCACAUCUUGUUGAAGAAGCUCAAGUGAUAACUCUUGAUGGCACAAAACACAUCACAACCAUUUCAGAUGAAACUUCAGAACAAGUGACAAGAUGGGCUGCUGCACUGGAAGGCUAUAGGAAAGAACAAGAACGCCUUGGGAUACCCUAUGAUCCCAUACAGUGGUCCACAGACCAAGUCCUGCAUUGGGUGGUUUGGGUAAUGAAGGAAUUCAGCAUGACCGAUAUAGACCUCACCACACUCAACAUUUCGGGGAGAGAAUUAUGUAGUCUCAACCAAGAAGAUUUUUUUCAGCGGGUUCCUCGGGGAGAAAUUCUCUGGAGUCAUCUGGAACUUCUCCGAAAAUAUGUAUUGGCAAGUCAAGAACAACAGAUGAAUGAAAUAGUUACAAUUGAUCAACCUGUGCAAAUUAUUCCAGCAUCAGUGCAAUCUGCUACGCCUACUACCAUUAAAGUUAUAAAUAGUAGUGCAAAGGCAGCCAAAGUACAAAGAGCGCCGAGGAUUUCAGGAGAAGACAGAAGCUCACCUGGGAACAGAACAGGAAACAAUGGCCAAAUCCAACUAUGGCAGUUUUUGCUAGAACUUCUUACUGAUAAGGACGCUCGAGACUGUAUUUCUUGGGUUGGUGAUGAAGGUGAAUUUAAGCUAAAUCAGCCUGAACUGGUUGCACAAAAAUGGGGACAGCGUAAAAAUAAGCCUACGAUGAACUAUGAGAAACUCAGUCGUGCAUUAAGAUAUUAUUAUGAUGGGGACAUGAUUUGUAAAGUUCAAGGCAAGAGAUUUGUGUACAAGUUUGUCUGUGACUUGAAGACUCUUAUUGGAUACAGUGCAGCAGAGUUGAACCGUUUGGUCACAGAAUGUGAACAGAAGAAACUUGCAAAGAUGCAGCUCCAUGGAAUUGCCCAGCCAGUCACAGCAGUAGCUCUGGCUACUGCUUCUCUGCAAACAGAAAAGGAUAAUUGAGCCCCAGGACAUUCUGGGACUCCAGAGUCUUUCUUAAAAUGUUUAGAGCAAGUAUAGCUCUUACCUUUAUUACCGAAUUUGAAUCUUCUUUUAUUUCUAGGCUGUACAGUCUGAUGCAUGAUUUUUUUAUAAAUAUUUCAUACUCUUGUGAAUUUGGAUCUUUUUACUUUGAGCAUAUAUUUUAGAAUAUGUGUAUGUUAAAGGAUCUCCACAAUGUCUGCAGUGUGAAGGCAGGUUCAUUGUGGAAUAGUUUGUUAACAGUCAGGAAAGCUAAACUGGUCAGUAUUAAUGUGUAGCCCUAUGAAAAAUAGCCAGUAGUAUCUGAAAAUGAAAAAUAAAUGAAGUAUCUCUAGGAAACAGUCUGGCUUAACUAUUUUUGAAAAUAUAACUGUUUCCCCUCUCUGCUGCUUUAGAUGUUGCUUUACAUAGAUCCAGAAAAUGGAAUUUCUCAGCUAAAGCAUGUGUGCCUGUUUCAUCUAAUCAAGCAGAGCUAAAAUGUUCAUACCGAAUAAAUUUAUAUUAAUAAAUUACUAAACUAAGAAUAUCAGGUUAUUUAUAUAUUUGCAAGCAAAGGACAGUAAGAAGUUGACUGGCAAAAGAGCAGUGCUGAGGGAGGAGAUCCAGGUUUAAAUCUGGCUUAUUAACUCAAGCCAAUUUUAAGGAUUUUCUGUAUAGAUUAUUCAUGUCAGACCAAGAAUUUAAAUUAUUUUGAGAGAGGCAUUUAAUUCUAAUAAACCAGCUGUUACAAAAAUUAUAAAAUGAUCUCUGUUUUUCCUGUCAGAGAUUUUAAAAACUGAAAAGGUAUACCUCAACCCAAAAAUAAAGGUUUGGUUUGGUUUGUUAUGGCUUCCUUUUUUAAAAAAUUACCCUGUAGUGCCAGUUUAUUAUGCAAAGCAGCUUAUAUUCCUCUGUUUCUGAUAAAAUGAAGACUUUAAAUCAGUCAGCAGUACUUUACCUUUCAAGGCAUUAGUAAAUUACUUGCAAAUAGUUUUAAAAGGAAAAUUCGACCUCUGUUGUAGGCAGUCUUCUCUUUAAGACAAUACUUUUCCACCUUUUUUUCCUUUUCCAUAUUAUAUAUGUGUAUUCAUAUAUCUAUAUACAUAUUCAGUUGAUCAUUUUAUAAACAUAUAUGAAGGCAUAAAGAUAUACAGAAGAAAAAUUAACUCAUUUUAAGAUUCAAAUUAAAUAAUUGCUGCAUAUAUGACAUUCCUUACAUAAGCGAACACUAAACAAAAAUGGCUAGAAAUGUCUUUUUCUUUCUUUUCUCUUUUUGUUGUUUUAAGGUAUUAAGCACGAAUUAUUACAUGAGACUGGCAGAUAGCUAUUAAUCCUCUUACAGAUUUGAGAAAGUUGAUUCUCACAUAUUUAUGCACCUUCUCCUUCAUUGUUUUCUUUAAAUCUGUCCCCUUAAAAAGCUUCUUAAGAGCUCAGUUAAUGCUUUUGACUUAACUAGGAGAAAAAGGCAUGAUAAUACAGGCAAGAUGGCAUUGUUAGCAAUUCUGGUAGUGGUUUGGAAUGAAUCAUAAGAGGCAGGGAUCUUAAAGACAAGGAAGAGAGGAGAGAGAGGAGGGAUCUUUGAUCUCUUUGGUAAUCUUAACGCAUAAUUUUACUACAACAUGUUCUCUUAAUUCAUUUAGAUUAUUAUAUUAAGCUCUUUCUACAGUUGAUAUCUGAGCAGAGUAAGAUUCGUAUUUCCAUUUUUACUGUUUUGAAAGAGAAUAUAUGGACAGAUUAUUAGUACAAUUUGGGCACUGUGGUUGUAAGAGUAUCUGAGUACAAUAACAAUAUGAAAUAAUAUACAGAAGCUCUAGCAUCAGAUAACAAAUAGAAAGUUUUUGCACCAUCCUCUUACGGCCUAGGGAGUUGACAAGUUGCUUGUACUUUUUAAAAAAUAAUAAAGUAUACCCUUCUGGUAUAUCAUCAAGAGCUUAAGAAUCUUGGCUUUCAUAUUUAAAAUGCUUUUGGGGAGACAUAGAUUAAAAUUUUAGCCAAGAUGACAGACAUGUCUCAAUUGUAUAUGUGUGUGUAUGUUUUUAAAGCUAGAAACAUAAGUUUUAGAUCCCUAGAAUGAAAAUUUUUUUCUCAUCUAUGCAAUUCCCAUAUGGUUUUUUAAAAAAUCAUAUUUUAUUCAUUUUCUCCCUUUAGCAAUUUUCAUUUUAUUUCUCAUAAUUUGAACAGAGACAGUUCUCAUACAUGAUCAGAUGCUUUUUUUUUCUUCUUGCCAUCAUUUAUGUAUGACAUAGGUAAAGUAAUAUGACUAAUUUCUCCAGUUGAUUCAAGAAACUCAUUACUUUGCCUCAAAUUAUAUGUAAAAUAUUUGUUUUACUUAGGUUACAGUUAUCAGAAAGCCAGGUAGUUUUUUUCUUCUAUUAAAAUAUAUUGUGAAAGAAAAUAAAAUUUAUGCUAUUCAUUCUUUGCUUUGUUUUUAUAAAUGAAUUUUUCAUAGAAUUUACAGUAUAUUCAAAGGAAGAAAGAUAAAAUUAUUGGUCAUUUGUACCUUAGAAGUACAAGAAUUUAAGUAAAAGAAAUGUUCAUUUUUGUUUUAAAACUUGUUUUCCAUGUGAAGUUUUCAUUGAGCCAACUUUCAUACAUAUCUCGCUAGCCUAAAGUCUAAAUAUUUGUGUUGGCAUCAGAAAAACAAAUUAGGCAGAAUUGCUGUGUGUGGUUGUUCUUCAGAUAAAUUGACUGAUCACAUUUAUUUUUGUAUCAGUCUAUGUCAUUUAAUUAGGAAAAAUUGUUUAGUUGUUUUCUCCCCUGAUUAAUGGUGAUACUCAAAUAUGAUACAAAAAGAAUUGUACCACCAAAUAUUUUUGUGAGGUCUGCUGUUUUCCAUAUUCAUUUUAUGCUACUGCCUUUAAGAAAGAACCAGUGUAUCCUUGAAAUAGCACAAAAAUGUUUUAAAAUUCAUAAUUGCAAAACAAAUCUGUGACUAACUUAAUGUCUUCAGAUCUAAAGGGUAUAAAAAUAUUGAUACUUCAAUAUUUCACUUGCUGCCAGAAAAAACAAAAUUCUCAAUCUUUUGUAAAUGGGAGGAGGACUUUUGCAUACAUUUUUACUCUUUAAAUAACGACAACAACACUUAUACUGUCAUAAUAACAAUUAUGUAUUUCUUUGUGGUUUUAAUUUUUUUUGUAAUUUUACAUAAAACAGUUAUUUUCUAUUUUUACGCAGAUAAAAAAUAUUUGUGCAUAAAAUGUAAAAAUAGUAAAAUGAGAAAAAUAAAACUAUUAUACAGUA